AUGUUAUCAUUUCUUACUGCCCUUUCAGCUGUAUUUAUCAUCUCAAAGCCCUCUGUUGCAGUGUUUCUGAGCAUUGAUUGCGGUGUCUCCAAUUCUUCCACCUACAAAGACGAGAGAUCAAUUGUCUGGACUGGUGAUAAUGCUUACAUUCACAGUGGCGAGUCUCAAGUUGUCCAGUUUAGCAGCACAGUACCUUCUUGGAUGAGCACUCAAGUGAUGAGCACCCUAAGAGUAUUCCCAAUCCUGAAGAAAAACUGCUACACCAUCCCUGAUCUGGACAAAGGGCAACGACUUCUCGUGCGUGCAACCUUUUUCUAUGGAAAUUAUGAUGGGAAAUAUUUUGCACCAACCUUUGAGCUGCACUUCGAUGGAAACUUCUGGGCCACGGUCACCACUUCGAACUCUACCUAUGUUGUCGAGGAAGCCAUUUAUGUGGUGAAGGGAAAUGCCACGAGCAUCUGUCUUGCUCAGACGCAUCCCGACCAGGUGCCAUUCAUAUCAGCACUUGAACUGCGCAGCUUGGAUUCCGAAAUGUACAGCAACGUUGGCAUGAACCGUGCUUUGCUUUUGGCAAACAGAAUAGCCUACGGUGCUAAUCAAACUGUUCGGUAUCCGGAUGACAAAUACGAUCGAAUUUGGAACACAAGGCACGGCGGUUUUACACUCACUCAGGAUGUCAUCAGAAAUGAAGCUGACGCGAUUCAUGAUGUUAGUGCGGGAAAAGAUCAUCCUCCGCUGGCUGUUCUACAAAAUGCAGUCGGGACGAUUGGCACUGCAUGGGGUAUAGGCAUAGAGACAACUGGACUUGGAUCGAAGAACGUUCCUAUCUUCAUCAUCGCCUACUUUUCUGAAGUCGUUCGACUAAAUUCAACCCAGAAAAGAUCUAUUGAAAUUGUCAUAGAUAACGAACAAUUUUCAAGCGAGUUUAGCCCCCUUUUGGAAGCGAAUCUCAGUAGCUUUGGGCUGUCCGGUUCACUCCCGGAUUUUAGUUCCAUGGAUGCACUUCAGAAAAUCGAUCUGCACAACAACAGCUUAAAUGGGCCUAUUCCUGAUUUUCUUGGCUCCUUCCCUGAUCUAUUACUUCUGAAUUUGGCAGAUAAUAGAUUCAAUGGAUCCGUACCCACCUCUCUAUCAGAGAACAAGAACUUGACAUUGGUGGUAUCAGGUAAUUGCUUCUCUGGAAUGACCUGUAAGGCUGCAAAUGCGCCACCGCUGCCGAAACAACCAUAUGAGAUUCCACCACCCCCAACUACCAAUUCAGGUGGCCAGAAUUCCGGUGACAACAAGAGUGUUGACAUGCUACAAAUCAUACUAGGAGUUGGUGUCCAAAUUUCACUACUUUCUUUACUGCUGAGAAACUUCUAA